AUGGCUGCGCAGCCUCCACACUUGGAGGCGAAGCCGCGACUGAAUGCAAAGACGCUGUUCGUGGUUGGUGCCAUUAACCUGAUUGACAGUAUCAACAUGAACAUGCUUUUGCCAUACGUCGACAAGAUGGUGUCCGCCUAUCUGGAUGUCAGCCCACAGAGCCCCGAAGUGGCCACAACUGCUGCUCUGCUCAUCGGGGUCUAUUCACUCCUCGAGGUGAUUGUCUCUCCUUUCUGGGGCAUGCUGGCCGACAUGAUCGGGAGACGGCCGUGCCUGCUAAUCGGGCUUGCGGGCUCCGUGAUUGCGCCCAUUCUACUUGGUUUCAGCAAGAACAUUAUCAUGGCGUUUGCAGCUCGCGCAUUGGACGGCUUCUUCUGCGGCAACAUGGUGGUUACGAAAACCUACCUUGGUGAGCUCGUCGACGAGAAAAGCGAGGCACGCGGCUUCAGCCUUCUGGCCUUUUGCUUCUCGCUUGGCCUCAUCUUGGGUCCUGCCAUGGGCGGUCAAUUGGUCUAUCCGGCGAGCUGGGCACCCAACAUCUUUGCGGAAACCAUCUUUGACGAGUACCCCUUUCUCCUGCCCAACCUUAUCUUUGCCAUCUUCGCAGCGAUCUCUUGGUGCAUCGCAGCCUUCUGCAUAGAGGAGACUCUACCGAAGAGCCAACGCUGCAAGUGUCGCAAGGUCUUCAGACGACAGGGCACCAGGCCUCAAACCUUGCAGCGCGCGAUGUCAGGUCCGAUGCACGAGAAGGACUCGGGGGUGGACACGUCUGCAGACCCAGGAAGUGCACGAGGCUGCUAUCCACUGCCUACCAUCCAGGUCAUCAUCAUGUACUGCGGCCUGACUGGCCGCGUAAUGGCACAGGACCAGUUGAUGGCCUGGCUGGUGUCAUACGACCGCUCUGUGGGCGGGUUUGAGCUGAGCCCACGGGCGAUCUCCAUCAUUCAGAACGUAGGUGCUGCGGGCGUCAUGCUGAGCCAGAUGACCCUCUAUCCGGUGCUGACCAAGAAAAUAGGCUUUCUCAACACCUUGGUGGUCGGCUUCGUGCUCAGCAGCCUUGCAUAUGGACUUUUCCCACUCUACGGCCUGCUGGCAAAUCCAGAGUACGGCUUCGGGGCUGCAGCUAUUGGAGAGAGGUGGUCCUAG